AUGCGGGUCUAAUUCAUUACAUGUAUUAGUUUAGAUGAAGGAUAAUCUUUGUUAUAAAAAAUUUUGAAAUUUUAACAUAAGUGCGAUUAAUUUGAAUGGAGCAUUAUUAUUGAAUUCUUAAUGGAACAAUUUAAGAAUCCAUUAAUUAAAUAAAUUAAAUGGACAUACUAGUUCAGUCAAUUCUGUCUGUUUUUCUCUCCUGAUGGAAAUACAUUAGCAUAUAGUAGUAGUGAUAAAUCUAUUGGUUUAUGGGAUGUCAAAACAGGAAACUUAAUAGCAAAAUUGAAUGGUCAUACCUCCAUUGUCUACUCACUCUGUUUCUCUCCUGAUGGAUAUAUGCUAGCAUCAUUGUAGUAAUGAUAAUUCUAUCAGUUUAUGGGAUAUAAAGAGUGGAUAAUAGAAAGAGAUAUUAGAUGGUCAUCUUAAUGCUGUCGUGUCAGUAUGUUACUCUCCUGAUGGUGGCACAUUAGCAUCUGGUAGUUUCAAUAAGUCUAAUCGUUUAUGGGAGAUAAAAAUACAGUAAUAAACAGCUGAAUAAAAUCGUCAUGCUAACACUGUCUAGUUAGUCUGUUAUUCUCAUGAGGAAAAUUUACUAGCUUUUGUUAGCGAUGAUAAUUUUGUCCAAUUAUCGGAUGCUAUUACUGGAUAAGAAAUUGAACAAUCUAAAAAAAAUUACAAAGAAAUUUUAGCAAAAUUUGAAAAGCUUCUUUCAUAAAAGAUUUUUCAAGGUAUUAAAUAUUUUAUAGAGAUUAGUUGCCAACUAUUGUAAAAAUCCAUGUUAU